CAAGUCCGUGCCUUUAAUAGACUGGUAGGUGAGCCACUUUCUCAAACAGCUUCAAAUCACUGAACUUCGAACCCAAGCAAGCAAAGCAACCAUGGACGAAGCUGAGCAGCAAGUAGAGAACCAACAUCUUCUCCCGCUGCUAGAGGCUCUGAAGAAAGCUUCUAAAGACCUACAAAGCAACCCCAUUUCAAUUAUAUACAACAAUUACGACAUAAGCACCACCAUUGAAGCUCUUCUAGAGCUCGGAACCAAAGCCGACCCCGUUAUUUCCAUAGACCCAAGUCUCUUCAAGCUCAAUCAGUUGCUCAGCAACCUCAAAACCCUUUUCGAAAAACUCGAAAAACUGCAGGGCUAUGGCCUCCGGUCCCUCCUCCACCGCCAAAUCACCAAUUACAAAAUUUCCCAAAUUGGGUACGCCAUGGAAGCAGAGAUUCAAGCGUACGUAGAUCAGAAAAAUGUUCAAAGUUUUGUGAAAACUAUGGAAGAGUCUGUCGAAGACGAUAAGAAGGUGAAGGCUUUGAUGGGUUUAGAGAACAGGUUGGGCCAAGGGUUUGAUAAACAGUAUCAGCAGUUAAUUUUGAGAGCAAAGGUAUUUUCUUUUCUUGAAUUUAUGGUUUGUGACUCAAAGUUUUCGAAUUGGGUUCGAGACCAGGCUGCUCUUGCUGUUCUUGGUCUGGUUAAAUUCAAUAAGGAUGUUUUUGUGGGAUUGGUGCUGAUGGGUCCGAUUGUUAGAGCUUUAAUUCAAAUGGGUUCAUCUUGUUCGAUUCAAGUCCUCACCGGACUAGUCAAAAUCAUCAGAACCCCUCUGGUUGAUGACAUCAAUGGAGAAAUCCCAAGAAUUAUCAGCCUCUUGGGCUCUGAAGACUUGUCAACUAAAGUGGCAGCCAUGAAUUGCAUGCUUGAAAUUGCGUUUUUGGGCAGAGAGGAAGUGAUUGGUUCAAUGCUUGAAGAGGACCUGAUCAAGAAGCUUAUGGGUUUGCAGAGAUUGGAGGUGGGUUUGCAGUCCAAUGUGGAAGAAAAUGGAAGUGUUUGUGUGGAGGAGAGAGAGCCAAAAAUGGAGGAAAGUGUGGAGAAAUUUCCAUUUUCAAGGUGUGUGGCCAGUUUUGCAGUGCAAGUGGAAGUUGGGGAAGGAUUGGAGCAGAGUGAGAAAAGAGCUUUUAAAUUGGAAAUACUGAAGAGAGUGAGAGAGGCCUCUGUUUCUGAUGCAGAGGCAGCUACUGUUGUUGCAGAGGUGCUGUGGGGUUCUUCACCUUGAAACUUGAUUUCUUAAUAUAGCUUAAGGUUUUUUUAUUAUUUAUUUUUUGAAGUUUAUUUAUAGUUUACAUUUUUAAUUGAGUGUGUAAGUGUAACUUAACGAGGUAUUAAGUACUAACCCAAGUUAUAGAUUAGGGACACCUAAUUUUCAUGUGCGGUGUGCCCUGUUUCUUAGUUAAGUGAUUAACAAAUAGGAUUGUAGUGUUUGUAAUUGUAAGGGUUUGUCAUUGUUGGUUAUUAUGAGAUGACAAAAAUGUGUUAGCUGGUAUGAAGAGCUUAAUGAAGCAAAUUAGUGAUAAUGAUUAUUA